UUUAUAAAAGAAUUCAUAAACAGAAUAGUUUCUAUAAACAUAAGAUAACGCUAGUGGAAACGAGUGGUAGGGUGAUGCAGUUUCCGGUUGCGGUCGAAGGCACUUGGGUAAUCGGAUUUUCAGAGUUAAAUUUCUUGCUUAAUCAGCAUACAUCUUGAACAAAACGUUAUUAACGUGUUGUAUAUAUUUUAUACAUUAGAUUUGCAUCUCGUGUCAACAUAAAAGAUGCAGAAUCAUGAUAAGUUUGCUUAUUAUUAUCAGGUAAAACGUAACAUCUCGCGGACAGUAUUGCGCAUGCGCGCGCAUUUAAUACUUAUCUAGUGUCUGGCGUAAUAGGCGCGCAGUAUAGUGUGACACUUUACACCCAAUUAGAGGAACCGCGCUCCUAUUUUUUUUCUACUCUUUCCUCUAUUUCUCGCUGUCCAUCUCCAUUGUUCUAUCAUUUCUUACGUUCUUCUUUCUUUCCUGUCCGUUCACCCUUUAUUCUGUCAUUCUUUCGCACGUUUACGCGUGUGCACGUGCCAAAUUGAACAUGGUCAAGAGCACGGGAAACGAGAAAGUAGCGCCGUUACGGAAGGCUUCUAAACUGGUCACUAAACGUAACGUGUACAGCAUGUUUAUCGUACUUUUAGCAGUAUUGGAAUUCUGGACUCUCCCACAACAGGGUAUCGGCUUUUACUGUAAUGAUCCAAAAAUUUCAUUUAAGUUUAUGGGGGACACCAUUUCUAUGACCUUAUUGAUAGUUGGAUGUCUCUUAAUGCCGCUUUUAAUAAUAUGGAUAGCCGAGUACACCUGCCAUCCGGCAAACGCGUACAGCAAGGAUUUAGGAUGCGCUGGUUCUAGGAUGAAACAAAUAUGGUUAUGGUAUGGUCAUUAUUCAAUCGGAAUAAUUUCCUUGGUAUUCAUAUGCGAUGUCCUGAAAACUUUGGUCGGUGAACCGAGACCUCACUUUUUGGAUACGUGCAAACCACGCGAGGCUGAGAAUUGUACCGAUGAGUAUGUGGAGACAUACACGUGUACGAAUACGAUUGAUUCAAGCUGGUUCGUCUCGGAUUCCAGUAAAUCAUUUCCAUCUGGACACUCUGCUCUUUCUAUGUUCGCAUCUAUUUUUAUUGUGUGGUACUUACAAAAUCGGUUGCCAAGUCGGACAUUUUUUCUGAAACCGUGGCUGCAAUGUAUGAUAUGCUUGUGGACUGUGAUAUGCUCUGCAACCAGGAUCAGUGAUAACAGGCAUCACUGGUGGGACGUAUUAGCAGGGGAUAUCUUAGGACUAGCUUUUAGUGCGCUAACCGUGACAGUGGCAUGUCGUAGGUUUCGUUUUAACGGGGACGUCUCGCAGAUCUAUAACGACCCUGUAGAAAACGGUCAGAUCGGUUUUAACAACAAAAGGCAACAAAGUGUGAAGCAACUGUUGCCUGAAACAACCGUUGAAGAAACUCGUGAACUGAAAAACGUUAAACCGACCUCGUGGAAGGAAUAAGAGAAAAUAAGUAUUUUGAUAAACUAUACUUUUUACACAAAAAUUACCGGUGAGACUUAAUGCAUAAUGCGACGCAUUAGGCGUUGCACUCACUAAAAUUUAUUUAUUUCUUUCGAAGUUCGUGAAUAUUCAGGAUUACUUUGAUUGCUAGUCGAAAAAAAAAAAAUUAA